AUGGCCACACACACACCCAUAAGAGCAGAGCGGCGGUCAUCGCCAUCCGCCAAGAGCUCUGCCUUGAAGAGUAUCCUGCGCACGAGUCUGACAACCUUGGGCCGUCGCAUGAGAGAAGACGGAGACGACGAAGACGCCGAGCCCCAGAGUCCAACCAAGCGUCGCAAGACCGUCGUUUUCGACAUGAACUCCAACACUGUGCAAAGCAUCGCACCCGCGACACCGGCUGAGUCCAAGGAGAAGGCCGAAGAAAUCAAGCAGGCAGUGGUGAGGUCUCUCAAGGAGCACAGCAUGGGCGACCAGGAAGGUUACGACACCCUCAAGGGAACCUUCGAGAACGACCGACGCCGAAGACAGACUCCAACCUCGAGUCAGGUCGAGGAUGAAGUUGACCCCUCCGAUCUGAUACACUACGUCAAGGCUCUCAAGGUGUGCGCACCUCAGCUCGGGAGAUCCUGCUCAGGCCUUGUGCACGAAGUCCUCAGCAUACCAUGGCUGGGCCGACCUGACGACUUCGUGACCGCCUACAUCGACUUCCUGGCCAACCUCGUCACCGGCCAAUCCAUCUACCUCAGCAACGUUCUUGGUAUGCUCGUGGAAAGAUUCCGGUAUUUCAGGGAGUUCGAGUGGAGGGCAGGUUACUUCCCUGACGUCAGCUGCGAUGUCAUGAGACGACGCCUCCAUCGCGCACUCGCCCAUGUCCUACAGCUGUUUCCCGCGGCCAGGCGUGUGCUUCUGUCCCUGGUCAACAAAGAGUUCCCCUUCUCCGACGAAUCCAAGAGCAUCCAUAUGGCAUUCGUACAGAACUUGUUGCGCCUACGGGAAUACGCACCGGACAUGGGACCUGAGAUCAUGGAACUGAUCACGGAUCGGCUUGUAAAAAUUGAUGUGCAGAUUCAAGUUGAUCUGGACGAGGUCGACGACGACAUUGCUGCCGGCGUAAUCCAGCAGCUCCAGUCCUCCAGGGCUGACGACGCCGACGAUGACGAUUUGAGUGAUGUUGAGAGCGUUGCAAGCGACGAGAGUGAUGAUCGCCACGAGCUCAGCGGCAAGAUCCUGAAAGCGGCACAACACAUCCAGAAAAUGGACUUCAUCAUGAAUAGCCUUUUCGAGCUCUAUGAGCCAGUAUUCGCCGAGCCCGACUCUGAUGGUGCAAGAGACGUUUUCGAGAACAUGCUCACAGAAUUUGUCAACAUAAUCCUUCCCACAUACUCGAGUCGCCACACCCAGUUCCUCAUUUUCCACUUUAGCCAGCUCUCAGAGGAUCUCACAGACCGGUUUGCUGGAGUACUGCUCGACAUCGCAUUCGGCAAUCAGAACUCGAUGAUCACGAGGCAAAACGCUGCCGCUUAUCUUGCCAGUUUCGCAGCUCGUGGCAAGAGGGUCCCUGCCGAGUCUGUGCGAACGAUAUGCACAGUGCUCAUCAAGCACAUCGACUCAUACCGGUACAGACAUCAAGCGACUGCACGCCCAGACCUGAGGAGAUUUACCCCCUACUACGCUCUCUUCCAAGGACUUUUAUACAUUUUCUGCUUCCGAUGGCGCGAUCUGGUCAUCGACAAGCCCGACCUGGUCGACCCGGAGGAUCCCGCCUCAUAUAUGGGCCAAGAUCUCGAGUGGAUGGAAGAGCUGCGCCCACUCCUUCGCGCGAACAUCUGGUCUGGGUUCAACCCCCUGCGGGUUUGCCAUCCUACCAUCGUGCAAGAGUUCGCCAAGCUUGCCGGUCACCUUGGCUUCAUGUACGUUCACGACAAGAUCGACGCCAAUCGGCGGAUCUACCUCUCGUCGUACGUCUCUUCGAGCGUGGAGGCCUUGCGAGAAACAGCAAGUCACAACCCAUACGACGAGAGCUGGCUGCAGCUCACGCCUUACUUUCCCUUCGACCCGUAUCAGCUUCCCGAGAGCAGGCAUUGGGUCGACGGCGACUACAUACCCUACGACCCCUUCCCGGGUCUUGAUGGAGAAGAAGAUGAGAGUGAUGAUGAAGAGCUCCUAGAGGGCGAUGAGACGUUUGAGGAAGACACAGAGACGGAUGAGGGAAGUGGCAGACAAUAA